GAGAACAACCUAUAUACAUAUGUACUAAACAUAUAUGUAUAAUAGUCGCCAGUACAUCGAAUCACGUGCAUAGACAGGAAUAGAAAGACAAAAGAAAGAAAGAGGAAAACAGUCAUCAACAAUAAAAUAACCGAUGCUCAUAGUCAAUGGUAUAUCGAUGUUCCGAAAAAUACUUAUCUCGAAGCAUCAAUACCCCAGACUUCCAAUGAUUCUCCUGACAGCGUUCCAUCGAAGCCACCUAGUCGAUUAUCGAUGUCUACACCAACAUCAACAAUAAUUGCUAAUGGUCCACUUUUAACUUAUGAUGAAAAUCAUAAUUGGAUAUGGCGUUAUUAUGUUCUCGAUGAUUACGAUCUAAUUUGUUUCUCAGCUGAUAAAA